CCCAAGAAAAACAACAGCCAGGAACUAUUGCUGGAACUUUUAGGUAGGCUGAAUGUUCUGGUUUAAGCCUUCAUUCUUACCUUCUUUUCUACUUUCAUUAAUAUAACCUUUGUCUCUGAGAUUGUGGACCAACUGCACUUAAACAGUUUGAACACUUGCUGCUGCUAAAACAAGAACAAGUCCUCUCAUGUGAGAAAUAUAUUAAAUGUAAUUGUAUAAGUGAUGGUCAAUUUUCUGUCAGUGCUCCUGCGAAAUACAACUUUUCUUGUUUGUAUAUAUCAAGGAGAAAGUCAUGCCUUCUGCAUGCUUCAGAUUUUCAGGAUGAGGAAGACACUUCUGCUUGCUGUCAUUGUCUCAGGUCUGUCUGUUCAGUCUACAAACCUCAUCAGAGAGUACCACUACGUGAAGAUCCUCAAGAACUGGACUGAUGCACAGAGGUACUGCAGAGAGAUGUUCACUGACCUGGCCACUCUAGAAAACCAGUAUGACAACAAGAGGCUGUUGAGUGUAAUCCAGAAACCUAAACAAUGGACCUAUAUAGGGCUUUAUGAUGACCUGAUCAGAUGGAAGUGGGUGCUUGGAAAUGCAGACUUCAAUAACAAAUUAGAUUUCAGCAACUGGAGAAGCAAUGAGCCUAACAAUGUAAAUUCCAACCAGCACUGCGUGGCGAUGACCAAAGAGGGACUUUGGCGUGACGCGAUUUGUUCCACGAAACGUCCUGCAGUUUGCUUUUACGGUAAGAAAGGUGUUUUCUGAGAACUUGCUAUUAGAGUUUCAUCAUUAUUAUUAUUGUUUUAGUUUCAAUCUCAUUGGAUUUAUGUCUG